AUGAAGCUAAGAGAGUCAGGCGGAUUGAGAAAGUCUGCAGAAGAGACUGCUUUCCUUGUUGGUGACGUGAGCAACACAGUAAAAGAGGCUGUAGAAAGUGCAGUUGGUGGCAACACCGAUCACCACAGCAAAGUGAAUCAGUGAACCACAGAUGUAAUAGAACGAACAUGAAGCCAACUCACCAAGCUAGGAAAGCCAGUUAAAUGCUCGUACAUUGUGACCUGGACAAUUAUGCAGAAGAAGGGAGCAGGAUCACACUCGGCAAGUUCUUGCUUCUGGGACAGCUCUGCUGACGGGAGCUGCACCGUGAGAUUGGAGGAGGAGACCAUGUGCUGCGCUGUCAGAGCCUGUGGACUGUCCAUUUGA